UUAUGGGUCUCAUGGGUUAGGAGAAACCUAAUUGGACAGCAGUGCUUCUGGGAUUUGGAUUGCUCUAACUCUGGCAGUUGGAUAUGGAAGAGUAUUUGCAAGCUAAGAUCUUUAGCUAGGCCUUUCAUCGUGUGUGAGGUCAACUCUGGUAUUACUUGCAACUUCUGGUCUGACAAUUGGACUAGUUUAGGUCCUCUAAUUGAUAUUACUGGUGAUAUGGGUCCACGGGUUUCUGGCCUAAGUCGGAUUGCGGUUGUAGCUGAUGCGAUUAUUAAUGGUGAAUGGUGGUUAUCUCGUAGUAGAAGCAGAAACAAUAUCAUUCAGUUGCUUAAAGCAUGUCUUCCUCCUUCAUCUGUGGUGAUUGUUCAUGAAGAGGAUGUUAAUGAUGAUACGUAUUUGUGGAAAGUCGGAGAAAGUGAAGCCUCAAGUGUGUUUACAUCUGCAAAGGUAUGGGAUUUCUUGAACCCUCCUGGUACUACUGUGGAUUGGUUUGAUGCAGUGUGGUUCAAGGGAAACAUUCCCAAACAUGCUUUUAUUUGUUGGCUGGCAACUCGUCAUAGGCUUCACACUAGGGAUAGGCUCCUUAAUUGGGGUCUUGUGGUUCCUUCGGUGUGUCUCCUAUGCAAUACUCAUGAUGAGUCAAGACAGCACCUCCUCUUUGAUUGUGCAUUUGCUGAUGAAGUAUGGUCGUUCUUCACCUCCAAGGCCCGUGUUUCGCCCCCGAACAUGUUUGAAGAUGCUGUCAUUUGGUUGAAGUCUUCCUCUAGGGACGAGAAUAUAGCUCUCAUUCUUAAGCUGGCCUUCCAUGCCUCAAUCUACCUAAUCUGGAAGGAACGUAAUUCUAGGCUCCACGGUGGCUCUCCUAGACUGCCUGUUGCUCUAAUUCUCGAGGCCAAAAGCCUCAUCCGGUGUCGCCUUGAUCCGCUCUCUAGGAAGCAGAGGAUCUUGCCUCAUGGCCUAUCUUAUCUAGCUUCUUGGUUUGGAGUUUUCCAAACUUAAUGUGAUCCUUUGUAUUUGUUUCUUUCCUGUAUUGUAGGUGUUACUCUCAUAGGAGGCACUUUGUUUAUGUGUAGAUUUCC